AUGUCUUCGAAAGCCGAAAAAGACAAACAGAAACAAAUACAGGAUAGAUGUCUGUCACUGCUGAACCAAAUGUUGAAGGAUGACGACAACAAGUACUGUGUGGACUGCGAUUCAAAAGGACCGAGAUGGGCUUCUUGGAAUCUGGGAAUAUUCCUGUGCAUAAGAUGUGCCGGUAUCCAUCGUAACCUGGGCGUGCACAUCAGCAAAGUACGGUCUGUGAAUUUGGAUUCCUGGACUCCCGAACAAGUGGUGAAUUUGCAACAAAUGGGAAACAGUCGAGCAAGAGCUGUAUACGAAGCAAACCUACCGGAUAAUUUUAGACGCCCGCAAACUGAUUCUGCAUUAGAGGCAUUCAUUCGUUCAAAGUACGAACACAAAAAGUACAUUGCCAAGGAAUGGGUGCAGCCUCCAUUACCCAAAGUAAAUUGGGAUAAAGAUUUAGAAGAAGAAGCUGAAAAACAGAAGAAAAAAAAGAGAGAGCCAAAACCUGGGUCAAUUAUGCGCAGUGUGCCUUCUAUCGUGCCAAAUCCAUUACCUAAACCUAUUUCUUUAAGCCCAAAAUUAUCAUCAAACAAGAAACCAGUUUCAACCGAUACAAAACAUUCCACUGAUCUUCUUGGUUUGGAUACUCCUACAAAAGAUUCAAACCCUACAUUGAUAGAUACGUCCUUCACAUCUUCCAGUUCAGAUUCAACAGAUCCGUUCAGUAGUUUUUUAAGUGCAUCUGUUUCUUCUACUACAACUGCUUCUCCCCAAAUUCAACAAACAAUUGAUCCAAUGAUAGGCCGUUCCACUGAAGAGGAAAACUUUUUCAAUCAACCAACGGCUACAAAAAAUAAACUCACUACCGAUUCUAUUUUGGCAUUAUAUGGGAAAACAUCAUCCCCUAAUAACAUGGCUGCAAGCCAGUACACAAGUCAAAAUAAUGGUUUUGUUCCUCCUCAGCCGCAACAACCAUUGUUCAAUGCUUUCAAUCAGAAUGGAUUUCAAAAUAUGCAAUCCAUCAAUAAUCUUGGAAAUUCUAUCAAUUUGUUAUCCAAUAACUCUAUUGAUUUUAACAAUCUGCAGUCAUCAACAAAUUCUAAUUUUGCGUCUAAUCCAUUUUACAGUAUGGCUGCAAAAAAUGCACCAACUCAAUUUAUUAAUCAUGAGAGCCCUGUAGUGAAAAAUAAUCAGUUUGCAGCAUUUGAUUCUCCAAAUGAUUCGGUUCAUUUGCCUCAACAAAUGGCUAUGCUGAAUUUGGGGCACCCAACAACGGCUCCGUCAACUGUCAAUGGCUUUACAGACCUUUCUAAUGGAUUUACAGACCUUUCUAAUGGAUUUACAGACCUCUCUCAUGGCUUUACAGACUUCUCUAACGGCUUUACGGACCUUGCCAAGCAAUCACAAACUGGCCAAACGCUUUCACCUAAUUUAUGGCAGUAG